AUGGAUGUAUAUAAUGAAUUUAUAAAUCCUUCAAGAAUAAACAACUGUGUUGGUUGUAAUUUCACAACAACAAAAUCAAAACAAUUAAUAGUUGCAAAAUCAUCAAUUUUAGAAAUAUUUGAAAUUAUUCAAACGACAACCAAAACUUCCAAAUUAAAAUUAAUUGAUCAAUUUAAAUUACAAGGUACUAUUACAGAUUUAAAAGCUAUUAAAACUAUUGAUUCUGAUUUAGAUUAUGUCAUUGUUUCUACAAAAUUUGCUAAAUUUUCAAUUAUUAAAUGGGAUAAUUUUUCACAUACAAUUCAAACUGUAUCUUUACAUUAUUUUGAAAAUUGUAUACAAAAUUCAACAUAUGAGAAAUUAGGUAUAAGUGAAUUAAUAGUAGAGCCAACAUAUUCCUCAGUUGCUUGUUUAAGGUAUAAGAAUUUAUUAUGUUUUUUACCAUUUGUUGUUGAUAUUGAAAGUGAUUCAGAUAUCGAUGAAGAUGAUAUAGAUGAUGAUAAUUAUGAACCAAAAAUAAAAGAAAGAAAUGAAUCUUUUUUUAAUGAAAGUUUUAUUAUCGAUGCAACUAGUCUCGACUCCUCAAUCGGUAAUGUAAUCGAUAUGCAAUUUUUACAUAAUUAUAGAGAACCUACAAUUGGUAUACUUAGUUUAAAAAAUCAUGCAUGGGCAGGCAAUUUAAUUAAAAAUAGAGAUAAUGUAGAAUAUCAUGUAUUAACAUUGGACUUACAAUCAAAAACUACAUUAUCAGUUUAUAAACAUGAAAAUUUACCUUAUGAAGUAGAUAGAAUAAUACCAUUACCAAAGCCAUUGAAUGGUGGUUUAUUAAUUGGAUGUAAUGAGAUAUUACAUGUUGAUAAUGGCGGGAUAAUUAAACGUAUUGCAUUAAAUCAAUUUACUCAAUUAACUACUGGGUCAUUUAAAAGUUAUCAAGAUGAGACUCAAUUAAAUUUGAAAUUAGAGAAUAGUACAGUUGUUCCUAUUCCAGAUGAUAAUCGUGUGCUUUUCAUAUUAAAAACUGGUGAAUUUUAUAUUCUUAAUUUUGAAAUGGAUGGGAAAUCAAUAAAGAAAAUAUUCAUAGAACAAGUUGAUUUUAAAAUGUAUCAAAAUAUACAAUUUACGUAUCCUGGUGAGUAUGCAAUAUUAGAUAAAAAUUUAAUAUUUAUUGCUAAUAAAAAUGGAAAUAGUCCAUUAAUACAAAUUAAAUAUCGAGAUAGUCUUAAAAUAAUUAAAAAAGAAGAUGAUGAUGAAAUUUUAGAUGAAGAAGAUGAAGAAUUAUAUAAAAGUGAAGAGGAAGAAGAACAACAACAUAAAAUACUAUCUAAAUCACAUAUAGAAUUCAUUUUUCAAGAUUCUUUAAUUAAUAAUAGUCCAAUUUCAUCUUUUACAUUAGGUUUUUCAAGUCAAACCAAGUUCAAAUCAAAUCUUCCAAAUCCAUCAUAUAAACAAAUGUCAAUAAUCGCAAAUGCAGGAUCGAACAAACAAGGGAAAUUAAAUAUAAUAACACCAACAAUUCAACCUAUUAUAUCUUCAUCAUUGACAUUUUCACAAGUUAAUAGAAUGUGGAAUUUAAAUCAAAAAUAUUUAAUAACUUCAGAUGAUGUAAAUUUAAAAUCUGAGAUAUUCCAAAUUGAGAAAAGUUAUUCACGUAUGAAAUCAAAAGAUUUUAUAAAUAAUGAAUUGACAAUCAAUAUGCAUGAAUUAAAUAAUGGAAAAUUUAUAUUACAAAUUACUCCAAAACAGAUGCAAUUAUAUGAUAAUAAAUUUAAAAAAAGAUUAAGUUUAACUUCAGAAAUUAAAGAUGAUGAAAUUUUGAGUUCAAUUCUUAAAGAUGAAUUUUUAAUGAUUUUUUUAGCAAGUGGUGAUGUUAUGAUAUUUGCAAUAAAUACAUAUAAUGAAACAUAUUUAAAGAUCGAAAUUCCAAAAUUAUUAGAUGAUACAAUUAUAACUACUGGAUAUAUAACUAACUCCAACUUAUUAUCUGUAGUGACUAAAGAUGUUUCAGUAUUAAUGAAGAAGAGAAAACAUACAGGUAAUCCAGUUCAACAACCACUGAAUGUAUCUAAAUCCAAGACUUUUGUUUUAGUCACUGGUGAUAAUCGAAUAGUAGCAUUUAAUAGAUUUCAUCAAGAGAAAUGUUUUCAACUAAAUGGGAUUGAUAAAUUUAUGGAUACUAUUAAUCUUGGAUUUUUUGAUCCUAAUCAAGGUGAGAUAAAUCCUCUUAUUAAACAAGUUUUAUUAACUGAAAUUGGUGAUAAGUGGAACAAGGAUGAAUAUUUAACUAUUUUAACUAUUGGUGGUGAAAUAUUCAUGUAUAAGUUAUAUUUCGAUAAUGAAAAUUGGUCAUUUAAAAAGAUAAAUGAUUUGAAAAUUACCGGAGCUCCAGAUAAUGGAUUCAGUCAUGGAACUUCAAUUGAAAGAAGACUAGUAUAUUUCCCUAACCUAAAUGGUUAUACAUGUAUUUUCGUAACUGGUGUUAUUCCAUAUUUGAUACUCAAGUCCCUCCAUUCCAUACCUAAAAUAUUUCAAUUUUCAACCAUUCCAGCAGUUUCAAUAUCUGAAUUUUCAGAUUCAAAAUCAGUCAAAAAUGGAUUGAUAUUCUUGGAUGAUGAACAAAAUGCAAGAAUUUGUGAAUUACCAUUAGAUUAUAAUUAUGAAUUUAACCUUCCCAUAAAAACAGUUGAGAUUGGAGAAAGUAUAAAACAGGUAGUUUAUCAUGAAUCAUCAGACACGGUAAUCAUAUCCACAUACACUGAGAUACCUUAUAAUUGUGUAGAUGAAGAGAAUAAACCAAUAGUAGGAACAUAUAAAGAUAAACCGCCAGCAAAUUCAUAUAAAGGUUCGCUUAAAUUAAUAUCUCCAUAUAAUUGGACAGUCAUUGACUCGAUUGAAUUGAAAGAUAAUGAAGUUGGAAUGAGCUUAAAAUCAAUGAUACUUAAGAUAGGUGCAUUCAAGCGUGAGUAUAUUGUUCUAGGAACAGGUAAAUAUCGUAUUGAAGAUUUAGCAACUAAUGGUUCUUUUAAAAUAUUUGAAAUUUUAGAUUUGAUUCCUGAGCCAGGUAAACCUGAAACAAAUCAUAAAUUUAAACAAACAUUUAAUGAAGAUACAAGAGGUGCAGCAACGAGUGUAUGUGAAAUUAGUAGUAGAUUUAUGAUCACACAAGGUCAAAAGAUUAUAAUUAGGGAACUUGAAGAUGAUGGUGUGGUUCCAGUUGCAUUUCUUGAUAUUCCUACAUUCGUAACAGAUUCGAAAUCGUUUGGAAAUUUACUCCUUUUGAAUGAUUCACUUAAGGGGCCUUGGUUGAUUGGAUUUGAUGCUGAUCCAUAUAGAGCUCUCAAGUUUGCUACAACAGGAUUUCAAUUCAAUGUUGAAGUUGGAGAAUUUUCAAAUUUUAAAGAUGAGUUGUAUUUAACUGUGGGUGAUAAUAAUUCCAUUUUAUAUACGUUGAAUUUCGUUCCAGAAGAAAGUAGAUUAAAGAUUAGAAAUUCAUUUAGAUUGAAUUCUCAAAUUACGGUCCUUGAGAAAGUGGAAUUUGAAGAUUCAUUUUAUAAUAUUGGUGCUUGUUUAGAUGGUUCUUUUUUUAAAUUUUUUAAAAUUCAUGAACGAGCUUAUAAACAUAUGUAUUAUUUACAACAACAAAUCACAAGUAAGAAUUAUUCAUAUUGUGGUUUAAAUCAAAAGAGUUAUAGGUUUGAUAAUAUUGAUACUAAAUCAACAAUUGAAAAUCAGAAUCCAAUUUUAGAUUUUGAAAUUAUUAAAAGUUUUACUAAAUUGAAUGAUUUGAAAAAGAAGGCUAUUGCUGCUAAAGUGGGGAAAUUGGCUGAUUUAUAUGAGGAUAUAUUGAUGAUUGAAUUGAUUUAA